UUCCGGACGCGGGAGCUGGGGGAGGGGCCGAGCGCUGCGCAGGGCUCAGACGUGUGGCGAGGGGCUGCCCCCUGCCGGCAGCGAGCGGCGGGACCCGCGGGCCGCUUCUCGGACGACGACCCUGCCGCGCUUGCGGCCCUCUGCACCCUCCUCAGCAGCCCUGCGACAAGGCCCGGCUCCUGCUGCGAUUAUAUUAUUUUUAUUUUUAACUCACAAUUUCCUCUGGCCCUCAAAAUGUUUUUUUGUUUGCGGGCAAGAGGGAGUUAGAGGAGGGUAAAAAAGACUUUGAAUGUGAGGCAAAGAUGGAGGAAGGCGUCCAGGACCCAGACUGGGACAGUGAUGAAACCGUGAUAGAGGGUUCAGUGACGGAGAGCGACCUGGAAGAAAAGGAGCUGCGCUGGAGAAGGUUGCUGUUUGAUCAAGACACAGCUCUUAAAUCUGAGUUCAGUCUGCAUCCUGAUACAAGAGGAAUGUGCGAAGGCAUGCCUUCUCCUGAGAUUCAACUUGGAUUUAAGCUCAAAGAGGAUCUGCAAGAGCAAAUGAGUAAAAAUAGGAUGAUGCCUAUUCUUAGCGAGGAUACAAUAUUACAGUCUCAAGAUGAAACAGAACGAAAUCAAGCUCUGUUACAGACUAGAAAAAAUUGUUCAAUGUUCAUUGGGUCGUUUCACCAGUCUGGACUUUCAUUGAACCACCAAAAUAGUGAAGGGCCUGAGGCUGAUGAAACUCCUGAAGUUUUGCCACACAUAGAAAAGGAACUAAGUGACGGCAGAGAUUCUCCUGAAGUUAGCCUUCUCUCAGGCACUGCUAUUACAGUAUCUGAUAUGGUUGCUGUAAAGGAGACAUCAUUAAUAGAGCCAGAGAAGAUCUUAGCAGCACCAAAUACAUUUUAUGAGCCUAGAAAGGAAGUCAUAUUGACCGUGACUCCUGAAGAAACUAAGGAUGAAGAAAGCUCUCUUGAAACCUUUGUGUCUGCCUUAGAAAGGUUACUUACAUCACCAGAAAGCACCCAGGAGGAAAGACUGUUUGAAUUAGUAAGUGAUUUUGAUAGUAAAGAAUUGAUGGACCCAUUGAGUGACUCUCUUAGUUCCAUAUCAAUACCUUUGAAUGCCUGGUCGGCAUGUCAUAGAGAUUCACUAGAAAAUGCAAAGGAUGAUGCAUUGCCAGCUGAGUUAUUGGAAGCCCUGAACACAUUGUCGGAAGCCAAGAUGGAAACCAUCUGUCACAGAAAAGAGGGAGGCAGCAGUCUCAUUGCUAGAAAUGAAUGUUUAGAAGUGAAGUUCAAUACGUCUCAGACCAAUGAAGAUUGUACACAAAUAGCAGAGACUCUGCAAGACCCAGAUCCAUCUGGGUUGCAAACUUUGGCUCAUCAAAAUAUCACUUCUUGUGAACCACUAAGUAAUAAGAGAAAUUCACAUUCAGUGACAAAUAGCUCUGACCAGGAAACUGUGUGUGUGUUGAGAAGAUCAUCCAGACUAGAAAAACUGAAAGUAAGCAGAGAUGCAAAGUACUCAGAUCACAUGUAUAAGAUGCCAGAAAAGAUUUUACCAAAAAUCCUUGGCUGUGAGGACCUAACAAAUAAUAACUCUUCAGCUCAGAAUUUCAGAAUGCAGGAUCCGGCUUUAAUGAUUGAUAGUAAAGAGAAGAAUAUGCAUUCACGCAGGUUCAAGAAUGGAAAACAAAUCAGGAAAAAUGAACAAUUUCCAGGAAAAAAAGAAAAAAUGAAGGUGAACAAAAUAUCUCUUGGUAGCAUUAACCGGAGAAACAUUUUUGGAGAGAACUUAGUAUAUAAGGCUGCUCUGAACGAUGAUGCUGAUCUUGUUCAUCAUUGUAUAAAAAAAGGUGGAAAUGUUAAUCAGCCAAGUUAUGCUGGUUGGACAGCACUUCAUGAAGCUAGUGUAGGAGGAUUUUAUCGGACAGCAAGUGAACUAUUAAAAGGUGGAGCAGAUGUAAAUAUCAAAGGAAUGUACCAGAUUACUCCCCUACAUGAUGCAGUGGUGAAUGGACAUUAUAAGGUGGCAGAGUUACUUCUUUUGAAUGGAGCUGAUCCAUUAUUUAGAAAUGAUGAUGGAAAAUGUGCUUUGGAUGAGGCCAAGGAUUUAUGUAUGAAGCGUCUCCUUGAGAGAUAUAUCCCUAAACAUCAAAAAUGCCUGACAUCAGCUCAAAGGAGUAGCAUUGACCCACUAGACAUAGAGGAUGUAUACCAACACAAGAAACCAAAAUUCAGUUCUAAAAGUCACAUUUGGCAUGUUUAUAAUGAAAAUUCCAACAGACAGAAGCUGGAACAUGUAAAAGUUAAUAAAGGAAGCAAAGAGAGUUUAUUUAUAAAUAAAGAAGAUGUAUAUGAACAUUACCAAAAAGAUCCCCAAAACACAAAAUUUGGUAAAUCCAAGCAUAAACAAUCAACUCUUAACCAGAUAUACUCUACAGGACUCAGAAAGGGCAAUCUCCAUAAUGUCAAAGAUCCCAACACAAAUGUGCCAAAAGGUAUAGGAAGAAGAAAAACACAACGUAAAAGGACUCAAGUAGAUGAUGUAGACUGUAAUCCAAGAAAGACACUAGCUGUCUCUCCUUCCAGGAGAAUAAACAGAUUGGUUACCUAUCAGCAGUGUGUUCUAGAAACCCUUAAUGACCUUCCAGAAGAAUCGUGUGAACCUUCCAGCUUAACUCUGUCAAGCCUGAAAAAUGGAUUAGAUAAUAGUACUGAGGCUUGUUCGGUUUCCAAAGAGACACACAUCCAGAACCUGGAUUUAUCAGAUAGUCAAGAAGUUCAAUGCUUGGAAUUAGAAUCCAUUGACCAAACUGAAGUUGUUUCUUUCCCAGGACUUUCAUUACAUAAAGAAAUCACGUUACCACUAGUUACUACAGAUAAGCAGCCUCACACUCUCCAGGAACAACACCAUGUACUUUACAAAUCUUAUGAAAACAGUAACUUGGUCCAAAAAGAUGAGAGAUUUAACAAAUGGGAAAAUUCUUUCCUAUCCUUUGUAAAGGGAAAUUCUGAUAAUGAUGAUGAUGAUUGCUGUACCUCUGAGAAGGCUAUAACAUCUAAAAAGGUGAUGUGUUCUACAGGCUGCAAAAAACACUGUAAUUUUAAGGAGAAUUUAACAAAUAGAAGAGAAAAGGAUUUUCAACAGUUUUUAGUUUCUGAAGAUCAUUUUUCACAGGAAAAUGAGUUACAAGCAGUCAGCCUAACCACACUUCCAGAACAGGAAGCUGUUAAUUUUUCUCAUUCAGAUAAUGCAGUUAUUUCUGAACAUGUUGCAAAUUAUGAACAAUGCAUAUUUGGACCUUCUUUUGAUCACUCACAUGGCAAUCCUGAGCAAAAUUCCCUGGCUUGUAUGAGAACACUUUCGACACAUGAGGUUUCAAAGUUGACUAACCAUGUGGAGCUAUUCAAAAAGCCACAGGAUUAUAUUCCCAGAGAACCAACUUUUUUAAUGAAACAAGCAGAUACACAUAUUGUGGAAGAGGUAGCAAAGAAUUGUGACGCUGAAAGGAAUUACACUGACAGAGACAAAAAAAUAAUUUAUUCAAAUGAGCCUUUAUCCAUAGUUGUUCAUUCUCAAGUAAUAGAAACAACUAAAGUUGAAAAAAGGAGACAAAACCAUCUGGAAAGUGAGACUAUACAUGAUAUAGAUUCUCAUUCCACUGACAAUAUGAAUAAAGAAUUGGCCAACAUCUCACAACUUAGUCAAAGAGAAAAGAAGGAAAUUUCUCACAAACCAGGUAGAAUGAAAACAGGUGGGAUCAACAAGAGGAAUGCCAGAGGGGAAAGCCGGCUUCAUUUAGCUGCCAGAAAAGGAAAUCUCUCCCUAGUGAAAGCCCUGAUAGAAUCUGGAGCAGAUGUGAAUCUAAACGAUAAUGCAGGUUGGACACCACUUCAUGAGGCAUCUAAUGAAGGAUCUAUUGAUAUAAUUGUAGAGUUAUUAAAAGCUGGUGCUAAGAUUAAUUGUGCAAAUAUAGAUGGAACUCUGCCCUUACAUGAUGCUGUUGCAAACAACCAUUUAAAGGCAGCUGAGAUUCUACUACAAAAUGGAGCAAACCCUAAUCAAAAAGAUCAAAAACAGAAGAGUGCUUUGGAUGAAGCAGAUGAUGAAAAAAUGAAAGAAUUACUAAAAUCUUAUGGUGCUAUUGAGACUGAUAAUAGAGAUGAGAGAGAUGCUAUAGUCAAUGAAAAAAUUCCUGCUGUCCAGUCUAAAAGACAUAAACAGUGUUUUUGUGAUGAUGGCAAAACUAUUGAUUCACCUUUCCUUUCACACCAAGAAAGAUCAAGUGAAAGCCUUUCUGUGCAUCAGACCCUCAGUGCCAUUCUACAAGAUAUAGAAGAAAAACAAGAAAAUUUAUUAGAGUUUGAAAUAAGAAACCCUGAAGAUGCAGAACAAUACAUUGAGAAGAUGUUAAAUAUAAAAGAGAUUAUGGAUAAUGUGCUUGCCAAGCAGAAAGCAGAAAGGGAUGAUCUGGCUAAAAAAUACAGGAUAUCCAUAGAGUCAUUUAAGCAUGGAGCCCUGAGAGAACAAUUGGCCAACUUGGUGGCAAGACAGAAGAGUCUUUUAGUUGUGGCAAAAAAACAGAAAAGAAUAAGCCUGAAAAUUCAAAACUAUAAGAAUGUUACAUCAUUGCCUUGUCUUAGUUUAAGGAAGUUCCCACCCAGGUCAGAAAACUGCAGUGAAAAGGACAACCAAGAACUCACUAGUCUGGAAAAUUUAGAGCAUCCCCAAUCAGGUUUACUUUCUCCUGUUUGUGGAAGCAUGCAGGAAACACAAUUGUCUCUGGAAACUUGGAACUACAGCCAAAAUACCAACAUUUGUCUAAAUUCAGAGGCAGUGAGAAGGGGAGAAUUUUCUGGAAAUGAUGUGAAUUCUAAACAAAAUGUCAGUGAUUGUACCUUGGAUGGUUUUCCAAAAUCCCAACAUUCAGAUGGCACAGAGAAUAAUAAAUUACCAUCCCAACCUGUUGCUUUUAUUGGUCAAACAGAAUAUUCACAGAAAGAGAAAGAGAAUGAUCUUACAGAAGCUACAGACAAAGACCAUGAAUUCUGUAUUCCUUCCCCAGUAAUCGGCAAAUUAAAUAUUUCAGAAACUGCAAGUGUCCUUGCCGAAAAUUCUGCCCAUCCAUCAAAUAUUAUUUGUGAUCAGGACCUUUCCAAUUAUCAUCCCAAAAGAGGAAACAGGAAAACAGCUUCCCGGCAAUCACCUACAGGGGCAUCAGAAUCCCUGGCACAUCAAGGGGUUGCUGUCUUAGGCAGUGAUACAGUGCAUCUGAUGAAACCAUGUCGUAAAAAAUCAGUUUCUGCUGUUCCACGUGCAGAUGACAGUCAGAUCUCCUCUUCCUCUGGAUCUGGGCAACAAGAUAUUAUAAAAAAGCCUUUAAACUACAGUACAGCUCCUAAAAAGAAAUGUAUUCAGAUAAAAGAUUUGAUAUUACUAGGAAGAAUUAACCCAGGAAAUAACAUUCUGGAAUUCAAAACACAGGAGACUACCCACAAAGCCAGCAUUUUAUUGAAUGGUAAACUUAAGGUAGAAAGUGGUCAGAUUUAUAAAAGCCCAGUCACCUGGCUCAAGGAUCUUCUGGGAGGCAACAGUUACGUGACCUGGAAUUAUGCUUGGAGUAAGGUUACAUAUCUUGGGAAGGAGCUUUUAAAGUAUGUUUCUGAGGAUGCACCCAUACUUCCAGAACCAAACUCAGUACCUCAGCAAUAUCAACCUUGUCUUCCAGAAGUUGCUUGUUUAGAUGACCCAGUACAGGAACCAAGCAAAUCAAUGUUUGAGAAAACAAAAUUUGGACAAGGAACUUCCAGAGAGCUGAUGCAAAGCAUCCCACGUUAUCUACAAAUAAAUGAAAUACUAUUAAUCAGUGAUCAAGAAUUUCUCCCAUGCCACGUAAUGGAUCAGCAUUGGAAGUUUUAUGUGGGAUGUGAGGAACUAACACUCUAAAACCUUGGUUUCUUAAUAUUUUAUUAGGUAUUUGUUCCAAUUGUCAACAAACAUUUAUAUUUCAUCUUGUAUAAUCUGGUGGGCCUAUUUUAACAUACACUUUAUGAGUUGCUAUUUAAGAUGUAUGCUUACUAUUCUUAAGACAUAUGUAACUGUUCAACAAUUAUAUAAGAUUAAUGCUUUUUUGCCAUUGAAAUAAAGGCAUGUUUGAACUAGACCAUA